AUGUCUUCGCGAAAUAGUUUUGAGAACUCACAGGGAACACUCAUCUUCAGUGUUUUGGAAUGUAGUUUGAUACGUGAUGGUCACUCGACAGUUGUAAAAGAAACCCAGCAUUACAAGCCACGCAUUCUGCAGCUUCAGAAUUGUUGGCAGGCUCUUCGUUCUUCAACUUAUUGCACACCAAAUUCAACGUAUUGUAAGCUUCUCGUCAAUCGCCUUGAGUUUUUAGAGCGAAACUCAGUGUUUCCUGGCAGUCUUCGUUUGACAGAUGCACAGUUGGACGCUUUGAUGGGUAAUGAUAUAGAUCAGUUACUUGAAAUUUGCAGUGAUGUGCUUGCCCAGUUGGAGAACUUAAUGCAACUUCAAGCCACUGUUUUUUAUGCAGUUGGAGUACUUGAGUGGAAUUCAUUAACUGCUCAGGGUCAAUGCCUGCUUGCACCGCUAGUUUUGGUCAUUGUUGAUGUCAGUGUUUUGUACCGCUAUUAUUUCAAAUUUAUGUUUAAACUUCGGGAACGCUUAUCUUCUGACGUUUUUAAAGGUUCAUGUGACAAAUUUAUUGAAAUCUACGCUAAAAUUAAGACGUUUUUUGACACAGCAUCAAAACUGCAGUAUUUUGAAAACUUAGUAACAAUACCCACCUUGCCUGAACAGCUGCCUGAUUUUCAAAAGGCGUCUGAUCUGAAACUUCAAAUCAUUGAGGCAGUAGAAAUCUGCAACAGUUCUGCUGAAAAUAAUUCGCUUGUCGAAGAGGAUUUUACCACUAAGAAGCCCUUGAUAAUACUUUCUGAACCCUCUUCGUCUUCGUACUCUCAACUUCCCUUGCAGAAUGAACGGGAUCCAAAAGACUAUCAAAUUGAAGCUUUACGACAUGACCUAGAAGACGCUCAGCACGAAAAAGAAAGGGUUAUGGAUGAGGCCCAGUUAAGAAUUGAGCAAUACGAGGAGACAGUAUCUCAAUUGAAAAACGAAAACGAACUUUACAAGCAAAGUCUCAAUGAGCUGAAGAAGGAGAAUGACGCGUUACGUGCAGCAAAGAGUUUUAAUAAAGGGCACUCCAUUGAUGAAAGAAGGUUAUCGGAAGCACAACGGAGAGAAAAUGAAAAAAAACUUGCAAAGCUACAGAGCGACCACGCGCGCCUAAACCAGAAGCACAAGGAGGCCCAGUUGAGGAUCGAGCAAUAUGAAGAGACAGUAUCUCAAUUGAAAAACGAAAACAAACUUUACAAACAAAGUCUGAAUGAGCUGAAGGUCUGUCGACACUGCCUUCCUUACCAAAUGGAUCUUGCUGCAAAUGUGUCUGCUAAAAAACAUGCUCCUGUUCAUCAAAAGAAUAAGAAAUAUUAG